CAAAUCCCGUUCCUCUUUCUCCUAGCCUCCAAGAUGCCCACCAAGCAGACCAAGACUAGGAAGCUCCGAGGACACGUCAGCCACGGACAUGGUCGCAUUGGCAAGCACAGGAAGCAUCCUGGAGGUCGUGGUAAUGCUGGUGGUAUGCAUCACCACAGAAUCAACUUCGACAAAUACCAUCCUGGGUACUUCGGUAAGGUGGGUAUGAGACAUUACCAUUUGAAGAGGAACACAACCCACUGCCCCACCAUCAACCUGGACAAGCUGUGGCAGCUGGUGAGCGAGCAGACCAGGCUCAACUACGGCAAGAAGCCCGACGGACCCACGCCCAUCAUCGAUGCCGUGCGCGCCGGCUACUACAAAGUCCUGGGCAAAGGCAAGCUGCCCAAACAGCCAGUGAUCGUCAAGGCCAAGUUCUUCAGCCGACGGGCCGAGGAGAAGAUCAAGGCAGUGGGAGGAGCCUGUGUGCUGAUGGCAUAAUGUUCCUCUCAGUGUGUUUUUGCAAAAAUAAACUGUAUAAAUGGAA